GUUCGAGAACGUAUCGAUAAGCCAUCUUCUAUUUCAAUCUUCUAACCUCACUUUUUCCUUGUUAUGUUGUGUUGUGUUGUUACCAUUUUAUUUUCAUCAGUUUUAUUAAAAAUACCAUCAAAAAAAUGCUGUAAGUGCAAAUAUUUCGUCCCCGAUUAUUCGUAGCGUCUACCAACAUGCCAAAGAUCAAAGAAGUUGUAACGGAACCGAACAGGCCAGUACUCAUUAAUUUCCAAAAUGGAAAAAUUCAACCUGGAGAAGAAACUUCUUUAGAUGCUGCUUUGUUUAAAGAAAAAGGCUCCAACAAGAAACUCAUUGGAGUGUCCAACGGAGAUAUGCUUUAUACUGGAGAAGUAGCUGAUUUCAACAGCUUUCUAGUAGUGCAAACUCCUGAUUCAAAAUCGUUGCAACUAAUUCAAGUGGACACCAGUGUAGUUGCCCCCUUAUUGGAAAAUAAAGCCCCGACUACUGCUACAACUCCGGUUAAAGGGCAUUCAUUGGCAGAGUUGAGAAAGGAAUUUGGUUCCAAAAAAGCCAAAAGAUACACUGAGCAACAAGAAAGAUUGACUACGAAUAUUGAAAAUGUUAAACAAACAUUGGAAAUGACUGUUGCUGAUGUCACUAUAUCUGAAAUUCCAACCACUAUGAACGGCGAUGGCGAUAGUUUAUACAAACCAAAAAUUAAUAGAGACGCUUCCAGCAAAGAUCAAGUUUACCAGCUGCAAGAUUUGGUACCUCAAGAAGUACUUGAUACCCUUGAAGAAAAAGUUAUUGAAAUUUUGGAAAGUGAUGAUUUCAAAGAGUUUGAACUUUUGCCAACAGUAGAAAAACUGAUGCUGGACUUAAGAGCUUCUCAGCCUGAAAGAACAGUGGUUGAAAAAUGUAAAAUUUUAUUGUAUGUUCACUAUUUGGUGAAAUUUAUGAUCACACCCCUGAAAAAUAUGACCAAAAAAUUUAUCUCUUGUGAUUGCUCCAGCGAAGUGGAUAAACAUAUCAAAAACAACUACAUGGUCAAUAAUACAAGACCAAUUACAAUGAAAGACAAAGGCCUUUGCUACACAAUUGUAUUGCUGAUGCUAGCAAUGGACCACGAAUUGGAUUUGGAAAUGAUAUCCAAAGACAUAAAAACCGGGAUAAAAAAAAUGCAAGAGUUUGCCAGGAAUUUGGGUUUCAGCGGUUCUUCCAAAAAUAAGAAUAGCAUUAGUCUUAAGUUACCUGUACCACCACCUGUUAUGCCUAAUUUGAAACGAAAAAAAAAUUGAGUUUUAUGUUUUAUAAUUAUUUGAGUACAUUUUAUGUUUAUAAUUAGAAGUAUUUCUGUUUUGUAUAAUUAUUUUUUUGAAUCUGUAGAAUGAUUUACUAAUUGACAAUUUAAUAAAAUCAUAUUUGUAUAUUGAGUUUUUUUAAGUUCAGGUCUUAGGAUCAAUUGCAACAAUUAUAGGGGAAAAUAAACUACAAAUCAGCUUAUAACAUUUUCGCUGGCCAAAAACUCAACCCGCAACAUAUAGGAGGACAUAAAACUAAAAAAUAUGCACAUUGUUUUUUAUUGUAGCUUAUCCACCGCUAACAAAGCUGUCUUAAUAAAACCAAAAAUAUUUUUACUUUCCUCCCUACACAAACUCAAAGCUCGUCGAUAUUGUUCUACACUAAAACAGCCUUCUGUGUGCGAAGCCAAAAUGCUUCCGCUUGUAUUAUUAAAAACAAACACAAACAUCCCCCUUGAGUUGUUUUCGUUUAUCGGUGGAAUAAAACUGAAUUCUUCAGUUUGGGUCAGGAAACAAGAAACUGCAGCAAAAAUGAAUUUCAUGUCUAUGCCAGAGUCUAGACAGGCUAGGCAAGUUGCGUUUAUUGCUGAGGAAAUUAACUAAAAUAAUUUGUUUUAGUUAUUAUUUAAUUGAGUUUAAUAAUUACCUGUCCACGAUUUUGCAUCUCUUGCAAGUUCAAUACAAUGGCAGCUCUCGGAUACAAAGAAGCAGCCAAAGCAGUUUCGCAAAUGUUUUUUAUGAUUGAUUCUCUAAAUCUGU